UACCUCGUGGUUGGCGAUGAAAGGGAUGAAGAGGUCGGAUCGUUGUGGGUCUUGUAAGUGUUGGUAGCAUGGCUGAGUUAGUGGGAGAGAAAUUGUCAAAAAAAUAGAAAAGUUUGAAGUGGAGACAGCAUGUUGAUGUUUGGCCAGAAAUGCGUGAGGGAAAUUGGGAAAACUUUCUGGGAAUUGGGUCCAACUUUCCAAGGUGGCUAUGCUAUAAGUCGUCACAUCUGUGGAUCCAGUUCAUGGCUGCAUCGUAGUGAGCUGAAACGGCGCAUGAAACAGGAGCAGAAAGCUAAGGAGAAAGCAGAAAAGGAGAAGGUAUCACAAGAGACUCAGAGCACCAAGAAGAAAGAAACCAACUCUCUUGUUAAAGAAGAUGAUAUCAGCCCCAAUGAGUAUUUCAGAUUGCGCAGUCAAGCUGUUGCACAGCUGAAGCAGACAGAUGAACAUCCAUAUCCACACAAGUUUCAUGUCUCAGUCUCACUAGCAGAGUUCAUAGAUACAUACAACCAUGUUAGUGAUGGAGAAAUUUUGGAUGGCACUGAAGUCAGCAUUGCAGGUCGCAUACAUGCGAUCAGAGAGUCUGGAGCCAAGUUGAUAUUCUAUGACUUGCGGGGGGAAGGUGUCAAGAUUCAAGUGAUGGCCAAUGCGAAGGUGUAUGAGUCGGAGGAGAAGUUUGCCAUAGAUACUGCCAAACUGAGACGUGGUGAUAUAAUAGGUUGCAUUGGUAACCCUGGAAAGACCAAGAAAGGUGAACUAUCUAUUGUUCCAAGAAAGGUGAAGCUUCUGUCACCAUGUCUACAUAUGCUUCCCCAUCUUCAUUUCGGACUGAAAGACAAGGAAACAAGGUACCGUCAGAGAUACUUGGACUUGAUCCUGAAUGAGAAAGUCCGUCAGAAAUUUCAUACACGAGCACAGAUUAUUUCAUAUGUGCGUGCAUUCUUGGAUAACCUUGGUUUUCUAGAAGUUGAGACACCAAUGAUGAACAUGAUAGCAGGAGGAGCAACUGCUAAGCCAUUUGUGACACAUCACAAUGAACUAAACAUGGACUUGUUCAUGAGGAUUGCUCCUGAACUUUAUCAUAAGAUGCUGGUUGUAGGUGGUAUUGAUCGGGUUUAUGAAAUUGGGCGACAAUUCAGAAAUGAAGGAAUUGAUCUAACACAUAACCCAGAAUUUACAACUUGUGAAUUCUAUAUGGCAUAUGCAGAUUAUCAUGACUUGAUGAACUUAACAGAGAGCAUGUUAUCAGGCAUGGUAAAAAGUAUACAUGGCACGUACAAGAUCAAGUAUCACCCAGAUGGGCCAGAAGGAGAGGCUGUUGAAAUAGAUUUUACACCACCCUUCAAACGGAUUUCAAUGUUUACAUCACUGGAGGAGGUCCUGAAUGUAAAGUUGCCAGAGGCGGACAGGCUGGAAAGUCCAGAAGCUGUGAAGUUCUUGAGCGACCUAUGUGAGAAGCAUGGGGUGGAGUGUCCUCCUCCUCGCACUGCUGCAAGACUUUUAGAUAAGUUGGUUGGAGAAUUCUUGGAAGAGAAAUGUGUCAGUCCUACAUUUAUCUGUGACCAUCCACAGAUCAUGAGUCCUCUAGCUAAGUGGCAUCGCUCUAUUCAUGGUCUUACUGAAAGGUUUGAGCUGUUCAUCAUGAAGAAAGAGGUAGUCAAUGCAUAUACAGAACUAAAUGACCCUGCUGUGCAGCGGGAGCGAUUUGAGCAGCAAGCCAAAGAUAAAGCAGCAGGUGAUGAUGAAGCUCAAUUAGUUGAUGAGAAUUUUUGUACAGCACUGGAGUAUGGUUUGCCCCCAACAGCAGGCUGGGGCAUGGGCAUAGACAGACUGACCAUGUUCCUCACAGAUUCCAAUAACAUCAAGGAGGUCCUGUUUUUCCCAGCAAUGAAACCAGAUGACCCAAAUAAACACAAGGAUGAUGAAGAAGAAGGAGAGAAGAGAAUUGUGAAUGAGACUGGGAAAUAAAACACAGUUUGACUGUAACUUCACUAGCAUGUUUCCUUGAUUCGGGAAGAUACAAAUUAAAACAGCCUUCAUUGUUGAAAGAAAUAAUGUUUUUGUCAGCUCCCUUCACAUGUGUGUUGGUGGUUGCAUGUAUUUUGUUUGACCAUUCAUGGUGCAUGAAUUUCACUGAUUUGCAUAGAGACAUCUGUUCACCUUUUAUCCAAUGCUGGAGGAAGGAAAGAUGCACUUUAGUAUAAAUUUUUGAUAAAAGAACGACCAGAAAAGCACCAGUUUAUAACAUGUAAAUGUUCUAAUUUAUUCUUGUCUGUGGACUAUUACUGCAUGUGCUUCAUAUUUUCCCAUUUAUAGGAAAUUUACAUUAGAUUGUAGCUUGUCCGAUUAAGUAAGAAUCCAGUAUGUGUCCCAGGGGAAGGGACUACCUGAUGAGAAUGCAGGACAAGGAUGCUUCUUGCCAUAUUUCUUGUACCAAGCAUCUGUUCAGGUACUAAGAACUAGUGGAACCCACACCACCAGCCUGUGUGUGAAGGCUUCUAUACAUCAAGACUUAAGGCUGUGGUUAAAACAGACAAGCAUUAGGUAUGUCAUAUAUUUUGUUCACCGUGGUCUUCAUGAGGUUGAAAAAAUAGAUUAAUAGAUAUGUUGGGAAGAAUGCUUUUUCCACAGUAAGAUGUUAAUUAUGAGCUGGCAGAAAAAAAAAUUCAGAGCUGUAGCUCUUGUGGAAAGGCCCUUGAAUAUGUGGAAGCCCAUACAGCAGUACAGUAUUACAAGUACCUGGAUAUUCAGAUGGACAGUUACAAAGUUUCAGUAUAACAAACUUUGGAUUUAUUACUUUACACAUAAGGCUUAAUAUAUUAUAAUUUUGCAGUAAUGACAACAGUUGUUCCACGAAUUUGUUUAAAACUGUAAGCAGUCCAUGCAUUAUCAAAAACUUAACAAUGAAACUAAUACUUCAAGCAACACGGAUUCCAAAAUUAGAUAAAUGUAAAUUUUGCAUAUAACACAGGUAAUGUCCCCUGUUACCUGCAUUAUACUGAGAGUCAGAUGCAUUUAUCAUAUCAAGGCUGGUGAUUAUCAGGUGGACAUUGAUAGGUGUUUUGGUUUUUCUAGCUGUACAUUUCAGAUAAUUCUGAAUUAUGCUGAAAAGCAAAAUGGUAUAGACACUACUCUUUUAACUGCUUCACAGUUAACUGGCAUGUGAAAUUUGAUAUGGAACAGCUGAAGAGAAUGCUAGCAAUAUGGGUUGGUGAUCUGAAACAGCAAAACUUGCCUGAGUUAUUUUAAUAAUGAUGGAGACCAAAAAUGUUUACUUAUAUGAAAGAUUAAUAAUGAAAAUUAAAAACUUUAUGGUGCAUAAUGGAGACUUAAGAAUGCGUCCCUAUUGUACUUGAUGUCAUAACUGUGUGUUGUCGAAAAUUCCCAUAUCAUGAAAUUCCAUAAUAUGAACCAUGGACUCCCAUAUUAUAAAUAGACAUCUGUUCCUGUGGAAACUUUUUUCAGUCUACAUUUAAUAGACACACACUGUUUUGUGUACAUAACAGUAAUACACUGAAGAAUUUAAAAAAUAAGGUGUGAAUGAAUAGCAGUGCCACUACCAGCCAUUCUUGUAUGCAUAUGUGCAAGCUCAGUUUCUUAAAAAAAAAGGUGGGCUGAAUUUGUUCCUAGUUUCAUGGCUUGUGUUUAAACAAUUCUAAAUAUUUAUUUCACAUUUCCUUAAUGGUAAAUUUGUGUUCCAUAUUGCAAAUUUUUCAUCUUUUAUAAUUUCCACAAGUACAGAAUCCCACAACCCAAAUAUUUGUAACAUGGAUGUGCACUGCAGCCUCAUAUUGGUGAUCAUUUCUUACAUUAUAAAGAGAAUGUUUGUCCUUUUAAUCCAAAAACACAAGCUUAAGUCUCUUCUAAUAUGUUAACUAAAAUCACAAUAAAAUUUUUAUCUUGCCUCUGCAGUGUGAUGCUUUGGUCCUUUGUCAUUCAGUUUAACAAACUUAUUAGAACAUCAGUAAGAGAACAAUACCCCCUUAAAUAUUUUUACACAAAAAGAAGUUAUGUCAACAUAUGAACAUCACAAGAAAAGCUGUGCAUAACUGAAAAUAAAGAAUGACAGAGCUGUUGGUUUUAA